CCCUGAGAAAAGCCAGCCCUCUCGGGGCAGGAACUAGGCCUUGGACCUUCCUACAGCUUUUCUCCUGCAAGGGGUCCAGCCUUUUCCUGCUCCCCACAUUGUCCUUAUGGCUGUGUGGGGUAGAGCAGGGUCCACACUCCUUCCCAUCCAUUUUGGAGGAGGAAGCUGGAGUAUGGGAGGGGAUGGGAUUUUCGCAGGGCAUCCUGUGAGUCACAUGCCACUUGAGAGGGUCUAGAGCUCCAGCAUUUUCCAAGCUUUUGGCUACAAAUGUAUCUGCUGCACCAAGUGUUCUAGAUCAGGACCCUACGUAAGGUCCUCUCUGGGGAUCACCCCAUUGGCUGAAGAUGAGACCACUCUUCCUCUUGUGUUUUGCCUUACCUGGCCUCCUGCAUGCCCAGCAAGCCUGCUCCCGUGGGGCCUGCUAUCCACCUGUCGGGGACCUGCUUGUUGGGAGGACCCGGUUUCUCCGAGCUUCAUCUACCUGUGGACUGACCAAGCCUGAGACCUACUGCACCCAGCAUGGUGAGUGGCAGAUGAAAUGCUGCAAGUGUGACUCCAGGCAGCCUCACAACUACUACAGUCACCGAGUAGAGAAUGUGGCUUCAUCCUCCGGCCCCAUGCGCUGGUGGCAGUCACAGAAUGAUGUGAACCCUGUCUCUCUGCAGCUGGACCUGGACAGGAGAUUCCAGCUUCAGGAAGUCAUGAUGGAGUUCCAGGGGCCCAUGCCCGCCGGCAUGCUGAUUGAGCGCUCCUCAGACUUCGGUAAGACCUGGCGAGUAUACCAGUACCUGGCUGCUGACUGCACCUCCACCUUCCCUCGGGUCCGCCAGGGCCGGCCUCAGAGCUGGCAGGAUGUUCGGUGCCAGUCCCUGCCCCAGAGGCCUAAUGCGCGCCUAAAUGGAGGGAAGGUCCAAGUUAACCUUAUGGAUUUAGCAUCUGGGAUUCCAGCAACUCAAAGUAAAAAAAUUCAAGAGCUGGGGGAGAUCACAAACUUGAGAGUCAACUUCACCAGGCUGGCCCCUGUGCCCCAAAGGGGCUACCACCCUCCCAGCGCCUACUAUGCCGUGUCCCAGCUCCGUCUGCAGGGGAGCUGCUUCUGUCAUGGCCAUGCUGAUCGCUGCGCCCCCAAGCCUGGGGCCUCUGCUGGCCCCUCCACCACCGUGCAGGUCCACGAUGUCUGCGUCUGCCAGCACAACACUGCCGGUCCAAAUUGUGAACGCUGUGCGCCCUUCUACAACAACCGGCCCUGGAGGCCUGCAGAGGGCCGGGACACCCAUGAAUGCCAAAGGUGCGACUGCAAUGGGCACUCAGAGACAUGUCACUUUGACCCCGCUGUGUUUGCCGCCAGCCAGGGGGCAUAUGGAGGUGUGUGUGACAAUUGCCGGGACCACACCGAAGGCAAGAACUGUGAGCGGUGUCAGCUGCACUAUUUCCGGAACCGGCGCCCGGGAGCUUCCAUUCAGGAGACGUGUAUCCCCUGCGAGUGUGAUCCGGAUGGGGCAGUGCCAGGGGCUCCCUGUGACCCAGUAACCGGGCAGUGUGUGUGCAAGGAGCAUGUGCAGGGAGAGCGCUGUGACCUAUGCAAGCCGGGCUUCACUGGACUCACCUACGCCAACCCGCAGGGCUGCCACCGCUGUGACUGCAACAUCCUGGGGUCCCGGAGGGACGUGCUGUGUGACGAGGAGAGUGGGCGCUGCCUGUGUCUGCCCAACGUGGUGGGCCCCAAGUGUGACCAGUGCGCUCCCUACCACUGGAAGCUGGCCAGUGGCCAGGGCUGUGAACCGUGUGCCUGCGACCCACACAACUCCCUCAGCCCCCACUGCAACCAGUUCACAGGGCAGUGCCCCUGUCGGGAAGGCUUUGGUGGCCUGACGUGCAGCGCUGCAGCCAUCCGCCAGUGUCCAGACCGGACCUAUGGAGACGCAGCUACAGGAUGCCGAGCCUGUGACUGUGAUUUCCGGGGAACAGAGGGCCCAGGCUGCGACAAGGCAUCGGGCCGCUGCCUCUGCCGCGCUGGCUUGACUGGGCCCCGCUGUGACCAGUGCCAGCGAGGCUACUGCAACCGCUACCCGGUGUGUGUGGCCUGCCACCCUUGCUUCCAGACCUAUGAUGCGGACCUCCGGGAGCAGGCCCUGCGCCUUGGUAGCCUCCGCAAUGCCACCGCCAGCCUGUGGUCAGGGCCAGGGCUGGAGGACCGUGGCCUGGCCUCUCGGAUCCUAGAUGCAAAGAGUAAGAUUGAGCAGAUCCGAGCAGUUCUCAGCAGCGCCGCAGUCACAGAGCAGGAGGUGGCUCAGGUGGCCAGUGCCAUCCUCUCCCUCAGGCGAACUCUCCAGGGCCUGCAGCCGGAUCUGCCCCUAGAGGAAGAGACGUUGUCCCUUCCGAGAGACCUGGAGAGUCUGGACAGAAGCUUCAAUGGUCUCCUCACUAUGUAUCAGAGGAAGAGGGAGCAGUUUGAAAAACUAAGCAGUGCUGAUCCUUCAGGAGCCUUCCGGAUGCUAACCACAGCCUACGAGCAGUCAGCCCAGGCUGCUCAGCAGGUCUCCGACAGCUCACACCUUUUGGACCAGCUCAGGGACAGCCGGAGAGAGGCAGAGAGGCUGGCGCAGCAGGCGGGAGGAGGAGGAGGCACCGGCAGCCCCCAGCUUGUGGCCUUGAGGCUGGAGAUGUCUUCGUUGCCUGACCUGACACCCACCUUCAACAAGCUCUGUGGCAGCUCCAGGCAGAUGGCUUGCACCCCAGGAUCAUGCCCUGGUGAGCUGUGUCCCCAUGACAAUGGCACAGCCUGUGGCUCCCACUGCAGGGGUGUCCUUCCCAGGGCUGGUGGGGCCUUCUGGACGGCAGGGCAGGUGGCUGAGCAGCUGCGGGGCUUCAAUGCCCAGCUCCAGCAGACCAGGCAGAUGAUUAGGGCAGCCGAGGAAUCAGCCUCCCAGAUUCAAUCCAAUGCCCAGCGCCUGGAGACCCAGGUGAGCACCAGCCGCUCCCAGAUGGAGGAAGAUGUCAGACGCACACGGCUCCUCAUCCAGCAGGUCCGGGAUUUCCUAACAGACCCCGACACUGAUGCAGCCACUAUCCAGGAGGUCAGCGAGGCUGUGCUGGCCCUGUGGCUGCCCACAGACUCAGCUACUGUUCUGCAGAAGAUGAAUGAGAUCCAGGCCAUUGCAGCCAGGCUCCCCAACGUGGACCUGGUGCUGUCCCAGACCAAACAGGACAUUGCGCGGGCCCGCAGGCUGCAGGCUGAGGCUGAGGAAGCCAGGAGCCGAGCCCAUGCAGUGGAGGGCCAGGUGGAGGAUGUGGUUGGGAACCUGCGGCAGGGCACAGUGGCACUGCAGGAAGCUCAGGACACCAUGCAAGGCACCAGCCGCUCCCUUAGGCUUAUCCAGGACAGGGUUGCUGAGGUUCAGCAGGUACUGCAGCCAGCAGAAAAGCUGGUGACAAGCAUGACCAAGCAGCUGGGUGACUUCUGGACACGGAUGGAGGAGCUCCGCCGCCAAGCCCGGCAGCAGCGGGCACAGGCAGUCCAGGCCCAGCAGCUUGCAGAAGGUGCCAGCAAGCAGGCAUUGAGUGCCCAAGAGGGAUUUGAGAGAAUAAAACAAAAGUAUGCUGAGUUGAAGGACCGGUUGGGUCAGAGUCCCACGCUGGGUGAACAGGGUGCCCGGAUCCAGAGUGUGAAGACAGAGGCAGAGGAGCUAUUUGGGGAGACCAUGGAGAUGAUGGACAGGAUGAAAGACAUGGAGUUGGAGCUGCUGCGGGGCAGCCAGGCCAUCAUGCUGCGCUCGGCGGACCUGACAGGACUGGAGAAGCGUGUGGAGCAGAUUCGUGACCACAUCAAUGAGCGUGUACUCUACUAUGCCACCUGCAAGUGAUGCUACAGCUUCCAGCCCCUUUCCCUACUCAUCUGCCCCCUUUGCUUUUAGUUGGGGGCAGAUUGGGUUGGAAUGCUUUCCAUCUCCAGGAGUCUUUCAUGCAGCCAAAGCACAGCCUGGACCACCCCUGGUGUGCAGCUAGUAAGAUUACCCUGAGCUGCAGCUGAGCCUGAGUCAGUGGGACAGUUACACUUGACAGACAGAGAUGGUGGAGAUUGGCAUGCCAUUGAAACUAGGAGCUCUCAAGUCAAGGAAGCUGGGCUGGGCAGUAUCCCCUGCCUUUAGUUCUCCACUGGGGAAGAAUCCUGGACCAAACACAAAAACUUAACAAAAGUGAUAUAAAAAUGAAAAGCCAAAUAAAAAUCUUUGGAAAAGAGCCUAGAGGUUCAACAAGGAAAAA